AUGAGCAGGGCGUACGUGCUAGGAGCGGGCUCCAUGGGAUGCCUCGUGGCGCAUGAGCUAAACCAGGCAUUUUCCAGGCAGAUGCAGCCCACACUACUCUUACGGAACAAAAACCGAGUGGAAGAGUUCAACAAGGCGAACUCCCAGAUCACCGUCUUCAAGCAAAACGGACUCAACGUGACAUCUUCCAAGUCCACGCUUACGGCUCUCUACCAGCCUCCAGAAGAUACCAUCGACAACUUGAUCAUAGCCACCAAAACAUACCAGACAGAACGGGCGUUGGCUCCGUACGUACCUCAUCUCAAGCCCACCUCCAACGUUUUGAUACUUCAGAACGGCAUGGGCAUGGCCAGCCACUUGACCAACCGUUUUUGGCCCACAGAGGCAUCCAGGCCCCAGAUUUUCCAAGCCAUUAGCACCCAUGGUGCCUACAAGACCUCUCCCUACAACAUCCACCACGCAGGCCAGGGCAAGCUAUCGAUAUCGUACAUACCCAAGAAGAUAGAACCUCCCAGCCAUGAUCUCGCCCAGCUUCCAGAAUUGGUCCAGUUUUUGGUAGAUACAAAGCCACUAAAUGCAUCCUAUUUGAAUCCACAAUCCUUCAUCUUGGUUCAAAUGGAGAAGUUGGUGGUCAACAGUUGCAUUAAUCCCAUGAGCGCCAUCAUGGACUGUUUCAACGGGGACUUAUUGUAUGGCACCAAGGUGAUCCCAAUCAUGAAAAGAGUCAUCCAGGAGGCAAUCCAAGUAUUCUUUGCUGAAUACAAAAUCCUCGAGCAAAUCCCUGAGGCUCGCAGCUUUUUGCAAGAGGAGAGAUUGCUCAACCAGGUAUUGAAGGUUUGCCAAGAUACUCGAGCCAACAGCUCUUCGAUGAGGGAAGACGUGCGGGCAUUGAACCAAACUGAAAUCGAUUGGAUGAAUGGCUACAUAGGAAAGUUGGGUUACAAGCAUGAUAUUCCAUGUCCCACGAAUAAGAUGCUUGUGGGAAUGGUCAAGAAUAAGUUGAGUAUAAGUAAAGGUGUGGAGAGAUCAGCUGCCGAUAUCGUGCUCGAUUACAAAUAG